UUUUUCUUUCUGUUGUUUUUUGUUUGUUUAAGACAAGAUCUUGCUAUGUGUAUAGCCAAGGCUAGGAGUUGAUAUAUUCCUGUCUGAGGCUCACACAUUUUGGAUCAUAUCUGUCACACACAACUUUUUAAAAGAAUGGUAUCUUAUGAAAAACUGAACUUUUGUUGAGGAUGAUCUGCUAUUGUAAUUAUAAGAUUAUAUGCACGUAUAUAUAUAUACAUACACACACAUAUAUAUAUGUAUAUGUGUAUAUAUAUAUAUAUAUAUAUCUUUAUUGUCUGAUGUCAGGAAAACUAUGUCUACCUCUGGCUAGUAAAUGGUUUGAAGGUUCUAACAAGUCCUUCUGAUUCUGCAAUAGUAGUUCCCUCAUAGGAAAAACUGCAGUUUCUUAAACAUAUGUAGAAAUGGUUUUUUUGUGUGUGUGUGUCAUUGCCAUAGAGCAUCAAACAUGGCAAAGUCCUGCAGGAAAAAAAAGGGGGGGAGGGGCAUUCAUUGGCCAAUGGGAGUCUGAAGCACUGUAGUAACAGGAAUUCCUGUGAGACUAGAAUACAAACCCAGAGUGCCCAACUGUGAUUAGGAUUCAUCCCCAAACACAAUCUUUACAAACGGCAGUUAAAUAUUUAAUGCAGUUAAAUAGUUUCAAUUAGUAAAAAUAUUAAAAUGUGGUUUGGUAGCUUCAGUUCUUUUUUCCUGGAAAGCUGUAACCUGUGUAGUACACAGUGAAGUGAAAUGGUAUAAUCAGAAAACUGAAGUCCUAAUAAAAAUGGCAGAUCAAAGUCAUGCCAUGUAGAAAGGUGAAGUUAUCAUCACACUUGGGACAAAUCUUUAAAACAUCAAUUUGGUAAAACUGGCUUUGAGGAACUAUAAAUUAUUUUGGUUAUUUUUUUUCAAGGUCAAAUAAAGUAAUUGUUAUCUCUGAUAGAGUAACACUGUGUGGUGUAAUAAGGACACUGAAAAUGUUAUACACAAUUAGGUAUUUUGUUUGGGAGAUUUCUAAAAUUUUAGAUACUUUUUUGACUUGCCAGUAAUGCUAUUACCCUGUUAGAGAAAUGCUCUAAAGAUGCUAGAUUUGGAAGUUAAUAGCCAUGUGGUUCUAUCCUGAUCUCACCGCUUACUACCCCCUGAAUCUAUUUUCUGGAGUAUAAAUGACAGCAGGCUUCAAUCGGGAACUGAACAGUCUUAUUAAACGGUCUGGAUGAGAAGCUCAGAGAGCGUCAGAGCCCCCGUGGAAAAGAUUUUCUUUAUAGCUUCUUUACCUACUGCAAUUAAUACUGCUUAGUGUGCACUGUCAAGUUUAAAAGAAAAAUUAGCCAUCUAGCUGCCCUUAGCCCACUGUCAUGCACUUCAGAAUAUUUCCUUUAAAAACAAUUCUUUGAAAACAUAACGAGAACAAACGUGUUCUCAUUAUCCUUUAGCCCCAGAUUUCCUUCAGAACUUAAAAAUCAUGCGCAAGCCAUAUUCAAGAUGUGUUAUCUCAAGAAAGUCCAGAACCCAGGCAGCAGUAUCAUGAAAAUAUCAAGUCCACACCCUCCUACACAUCAAUUUCAGCGGAACCAGAAAAGUACAUUGAUUUCUUUAUAACGAAAUCCAAAAUAUUCAGAAAAAAAUAGGGCCGGUUUCCAAGGGUUUUGUCCACAGACCCUUUCUGGAGCCGGCGUCCCUCUAUGAGAAGGGUUGGCAUUCUUUCGGUCUGUCCUGGGUGCUGGGCUCCGUGCAACUGUCCUCGCGGGUCGCGGUUCCCCGCCUCACCGGCCCACCAAUGGUUGAUGCCUCUCUCCUCGCCAUCCCGCCUUCCGAUGCCACAAUAACCAAUAGAAAUGAACGUAUGGAGUCCAGUAACCAAUGGGAACUGGGGGAGGCGGAGGCCGGUCCUCCCGCGGUGCAAGCUGGGCUUCUGCUCCGUUGCCCAGGAGCCGAAGCCGCCGAGCCGCCGCCCGCAGCCGUGGUCCCUACAGUGAGUGAGUUCAAACUCCCCGCAACCGCAGUCUGCAGCGUCCGGGUACUCUAGGUCUCGGACCGUAGCUGUCGGUCGGACUCGGGGAUCGGCCGAUGAUCCAGGCAGGAGCAGGAGGUGCCAGCUUGGAGGGUUGCUAUUUCUGGCUGCCUCAUGAAGAAUUAACUGUGGGAAUGAAAGUCGGCUCUCAGCAGCCAGUGCAGAAGUCCAACUGAGAAAAGAUGGUGACUCAGACUCCUCCGCUGGCAGUAGCACUGCAGAUGCGAAUGAAGUGUAUCUUGUGUUUACUGGUGUGGACUACAGACAUAUUGUGAAGAAAACAAACUGCACAUAAAUAAAAAUUAUUGCCAGGACACCAAGACUACGAAGACAUUCUUCAGUAUUUUCAUGAAUCUGUAAAAUUAUGUGACUAGAGAGGUCAUUUUUCCAGACGAUGGGGGAAAGAGCCCGAAGUCCAGAUAUUGAACAAGGAAAAAAAGGAGGCAAACACCCAUACUCUCAUUAUUCGUCUGACUUUGGGUCCUCACCACAGUCCUCUGGCCCCUCAUCACCUGUCAACACGACGCCAUGUGCCAGUACUAGGGAGAAGAAUCCCAAAAGACACUUGUCAGACAACCAAGUGCAUCACCCAACCGUUAGGAAAGUAAGUCCUAAGGCUGUACCCAGCAAAAAGGGCAUCCGAGUGGGAUUUCGGUCCCAAAGCCUCAACAGAGAGCCACUUCGGAAAGAUCCAGAUAUCGUAACAAAGCGGGUUCUUUCUGCCAGACUUCUGAAAAUCAACGAGCUGCAGAACGAAGUGUCAGAACUACAGGUCAAGUUAGCCCAGCUGCUCAAAGAGAACAAGGCUUUGAAAAGCCUUCAGUAUCGUCAGGAGAAAGCGCUGAAUAAGUUUGAAGAUGCGGAGAACGAGAUCUCACAACUUAUACACCGCCAUAACAAUGAGAUUACUGCGCUCAAAGAACGCUUACGAAAAUCUCAGGAGAAGGAGCGGGCGACAGAGAAAAGAGUGAAAGAGACAGAAGGUGAACUAUUUAGGACGAAAUUUUCCUUACAGAAACUGAAAAAGAUCUCCGAGGCCAGACACCUACCGGAGCGAGACGAUUUGGCCAAGAAACUGGUUUCGGCAGAGUUAAAAUUAGAUGACACGGAGAGAAAGAUUAAGGAGCUAUCGAAGAACCUGGAGCUGAGCACGAACAGUUUCCAGCGGCAGCUGCUCGCUGAAAGGAAAAGAGCAUUCGAGGCUUACGAUGAAAAUAAAGUUCUUCAAAAGGAGCUGCAGCGGCUCCAUCACAAGCUCAAGGAAAAGGAGAAAGAAUUGGAUAUAAAAAACAUCUAUGCUAAUCGCCUGCCCAAAUCCUCUCCAAAGAAAGAGAAAGAAAUCGAAAGGAAACAUGUAUCCUGCCAGAGUGACUUUACAGACCAGUGUACAAAAGGAGUACAGACCGCUGAAGACUUUGAGCUGGAGGACUUUCCUUUCACAGCCCAGACAGUUCUCUGCUAUGAAAACAGAUGGGAUGAACCAGAAUAUCUCUCUUCGUACCUGGAGUACCAGGAUCUCAACAAACAUGGAUCAGAGAUGCUAAGUUCAGUGUUGGGACAAGAAGGAAAGUAUGAUGAAGAUGAGGACCCAUGCUCUGCAAAGCAGGAGGCCAGGAAGCCUGAGAGUGAAUGGGCAAGAGAAGAACUUGAUAAGGUGAAAGGCAAGUCAGCUUUGCUAGGGAGAGCAGAGAAGCUGGCAUUGGAAGCUGGGAGAUUCCCAACGGAAAAUUAUCAAGCUCAGUCUGUCGAUAAAUUCGAAGAUGAGGCAGAAAGACUAAAGACAGAAAUGCUCCUUGCCAAACUGAACGAAAUCAACAAAGAACUCCAAGAUCCUCAGAACCUCGGGCGGGCCCCUUUGCCAUUGCUGCCCAACUUCGAAUCCAAGCUGCACUCUCCAGACAGAAGUACCAGACCUUACUCGUUCCCCGAGUCCUUAGACCGAUCGUUUAAUGGACAACACUUGCAGGACUUGAGUUUUUUAACUCCCAGGGGAGAAGGCGGGAGUCCAGGACCGAUCCGAAGUCCAGGACAGAUCCGAAGUCCAGCCCCUCUAGAUGAGUUUUCAUUUGGUAGCUAUGUGCCUUCGUUUGGAAAAACAUUAGGGAAGUCAAAUCCACCUAGCCAAAAAAGUAGCCUUUUAGAUUUCCAAAGCAACAGUUCUGAAAGCCCGAGUAAAGACAGUCUUGAUUUAAUGUCGAGGAAAGAGAAAAAGGCGACUCUGAUGGAGCAGCUGUUUGGCCCCAGCGCCAGCAACACCAGUGUCUCCUCCAAGAGCACCGACCCACACUUCCCUGCUGCCAGCAGAGGUGACAUGGACCCUCUUCAUUUCCUCUCUGGGGACAGAAACAGCAGAGUCCGGGAGCCUGGCGAUGAAGAGGAAGACCUUUUCCUCAGGGAAGGAAGAAGUUUUAAUCCAAAUAGACACCGGUUGAAGCACGCAAGCAAUAAGCCAACAGUCACGGCCGUUGACUCUGUUGAUGAGGACAUUGAAGAGGUUACCCUCAGAUGACUGACUGGAGCACACAGAGUAUAUAUAUAUUUUUCAAUUGUAAAUAUUAAAGUAUUUUAAUACAGUAUUUAUUAUAAACAUUUAAACUUUCAAUGGUAAAGUAGCCUUAGGAGGGAGUAAUUUUUAGUGGCUAAAUAUGGCACAAUUAAACAAAUAGUGCCGUACCAUAAAGCCACAUUGCUAAGAAUGCUUUUUUGUUUUGAAAUGAACCCAAAGGAGAGUUGUUGCGUACUAUUUUUCUGUUUUACAGCUAGGUCUCACCAAACUAGCACAUUGGAAGUUUCACUUCACUGGAAUCUUCCUCGUUUCUUUUCCCUCUAUUUUUGAUCCAACAUCAGUGAGCCCAAGUAUUGUUUUUCUACUAAUGGCUAAGUGGAAAUUGAGGGUCUGCAGUAGGAUUAGAGACCUCAGGUGGCAGACAGCAGUGGGACUUAGGAGCUGUGUCCUUGUCUGAGGUGACAGAGCCAAGCCACUCUUGAAUGGUGAUGGCAAUAAAGUUGGGACUUCCUUCCUUGUGAGAAUAUCCCCGGGCACUGAAGUAUACACUGGACAGUUACUCCUGAGGAGUAAUCACUACUCCUCAGUUGCAGGCCUGCAGCCACUCACUGCUGUUCUGCUGGCCACUUGCGUGGAUCACGGUAGAGCACAGGAGACACGGUUGCCUUCAUGGCAUCCCUCCCCGUGGCUGUAGGAGGCUCGGGCGCUCUGUCCUUCCUCUCCUCUUCUGUACACUCAGUAUUCUGGUGACCAGGUGGAAGAUUCUCUACCAAAUACAGGCAGGAGAAGAAAUGACAGGCCAACACAGAAUAAUUUUCAACUCAAUUAUGUUUCCGGAGUGAUAUGUUUGGAAAUUUUAAUACAUAUUUUUAAGAUUUGAACUUGUGCUCCAACUCAGGAGACAGCAGUGUGAUACUCUUGGGUUUACAGGACAGAUGCUGAUGCAGCCUCACAAAGAAGGUUCCCGCCUGGCUGAGGAGAUGCAAUAGUUUCCUGUUGAAAGGCACAGGUCUCCUUCCACUCAGUUCAGGACAGCUGCAGGGGCAUUUACUGACUUGGUCUGGUCUGUUGGAGCAGUACUCAAUCAGCUGAGGAGAAACACUGUAUGUUACAUGGGUGACUGGAGCAGUGUGUCCAUUUGUUCAUAGUGUGCAUCUUACGCAAGGCAUACAUACUGAUUGGGGGAAAGGGUUGCCAUGGUACUUGAUAAGACCUUCCCUGGUCGGUCCUGAUUCACAGCCGUAUUGCUGUCAUCCUCCUGGAUUGGGUUGUUGUCAUAUUUUUGGUAACAGACUCUUCUUAAAGUGCUAAAUAAUAUUUAAAACUUUUCUCAAAAGAAGAUUUUAGGUCUUCUGUGAAUAAGCAUUUACUAUAUUGCAAAUCAUUGUAAUAUAUGUAAACAUGUUAUUUGUGACACAGUUCUUGAUAAAGCAUUAUGUAAUGUUAAUUUUGUUCAUGGCUGUAAGUUUUCUACCAAAGUAUUCUAAUUUUAAGGUUUUUAAAUUGUUUUUUUUUCCAGAAAAAUUUUUAUUCAUUAUUUUCAUUAUAUUUAUGCCUUUUUCUACUUAAAAGACUAUUUAACCCAAUGAAACAAAGAAUUAUCAAAAUUAAAUUAAGUUAAAAGCUUAAAGGCAUUAUGAUGUUUAGGAUUAAAAUUUGAUAUUAAAAUGUACAGAACUUAGAAAGCAAAUCAGUUUUUUCUAUGUCAAGUUAAAUUUAUUUGUACUCAGAACUCUUACUAAUAAAAGGUUCAAACACA